CAGCAGAACGAGGCAGAACCCUGAAUCGCACCCCCUCCAGUUCCCCCAUUUAAAGCUCCCGCACUCUCUGUCCUGUUGACCAGAAAACAACAGUCUUUAGUUCUUCUCCUGGGUUCAGAUAGCUUUUACAAGAUCAAGCAUUGAAGGAAGAAGGAUUUGGGGCUGUGCUAACAUGGCAUCUCUGAAAACUGUGCUUUGUCUGGGAGUCUGUCUGUCUGCUUGGAUCAUCACUACUGCAGAUGAGGCUGCUACGUUCAAAGCAGAGAACUUACGCUGGUUUUCUCUGGACUUUAAAACCAUCCUCAAGUGGACUACCAAACCAUCUGGCCACAAAUACACAGUAACCUACUCUAGUAAUGGCGGUGACUGGCUAGAUUGUCCUGACUGCACCAAGAUGUCAGACUCAGAAUGUGAGCUGACCAACUACCUCAAACCCUAUGACAGUACCUACACUGUUAAAGUCCAAACAAAUCCUUUGAUUGAGCAGGAGGACGAUGACCCGGAUGAAUUCCCUCACGCUAAUUCCCUGCCCUUCAACCCUUAUAGAGAGAGUAACAUCAGUGCUGUGGUUUUCACUGUGGAGACUGUAAAUCAGCGCAGCGUAAAUGUCAGCAUCACCGAUCCUCUGACCAGCAUCCAUCGGCGUGGGGAGCAGCUCAGCAUCAGAGAUGUUUUCAAAAAUGACCUCAAGUAUAAGAUCAGCUACUACAAGUCUGGUAGUACGGGCAAGAGAGAAAACAUAUCAGACUCCAGCACAAUACAGUUGUCGGGGCUGGAUGCAGGCCAGAGUUAUUGCUUCAUGGUGGCAGCUUUCAUCCCCUCCAGACCCAAAGCCACCCAGCAGGGGGCCUGGAGCAUACGGCAGUGUACACCUGGAGACGGAAACAUCCUUCAAGAGUUGAGUCUUGGAACAUGGGUCGGCAUAGCCUUCAUCCUGCUCACAGUCCUCAUCACCAUCGUCACGGUGACGGUCCUCUGCUGCAGAUGCUGCCGACAGAGAAACACAUAUCAAUCAUCGGCACCUGUUUAGUGUGUGUCUGUGUGUGUGUGUGUCUGUGUGGUGGGUGUGUGUAUCUGUGUGUGUCUGUCCGUGUGUGUGUGUGUGUGUGUGUGUGUGGGUGUCUUCCAAACACAGGGAGCUGGUCUCCCUUUUCUAUCUCAGCUCUAUUUCUAGGAAAACUUUUGUUAAUAUUGCUAUGAUCUCUUUUUUUUUUACAGUGUUGUAGUUAGCAUAUUUGUAUUUCAUAUUUUAAUUUACAUUAA